CGUUAUAACGAAAUGGCUAGUGCCAGUAGUUCAUCAAAAAGAAAACUUAUCGUCGGUGGAAAGUAUAAAUUCAUACGUAAGAUUGGAAGUGGUUCGUUCGGACACAUUUUUCUUGGCAUCGACAUCACAAAUAAAGAACGGGUUGCUAUAAAAUUGGAGCCAAGAGAGGUAAAGAAUCCACGACUACUCUACGAAAAUAAUGUAUAUGAAAUUCUUCAAGGUGGUAACGGAAUACCUCGUAUACGAUGGUAUGGAGAAGAAAGUGAUUUUAAUGUUUUAGUCAUGGAUCUUCUUGGAAUAAGUUUAGAAAACCUUUUUACGUUAUAUUCACGACAUUUUACUACGAAAACUGUUUUAAUGCUAGCUGAUCAGAUGAUUGAACGAAUUGAAUAUGUUCACAAUAAGAAUUUCAUUCAUCGAGACAUUAAACCAGAUAAUUUUGUUAUUGGAAUUGGAAGACAUCGCAGUAAGCUUUAUCUCAUAGACUUUGGUCUAGCAAAACAAUAUAUUUGCAAAGGACAACAUAUACCUUAUCGUGAGGAUAAAGGUAUGACUGGUACUAUCAGUUAUGUUAGCAUUAAUACCCAUUUGGGUAUUGAACAAAGUCGUAGGGACGAUAUGGAGUCGAUAGGAUAUGUGUUAAUGUAUUUUAAUCGUGGAAGUCUACCGUGGGAAGGCUUGGCAGCAGCAACCAAAAAACAAAUGUAUGAAAAAAUAAGUGAAAAAAAAAUGUCGAUACCAGUAGAAGUUCUUUGUGAUGGAUUUCCGCCCGAGUUUGCAGCGUACUUGAAUUACUGUCGAAGUCUCCGCUUUGAUGAAACACCAGAUUAUACGUACCUGAGGCAAUUAUUUAGCAAUUUAUUUUGCACACUUAAUUAUCAAUUCGACUACGUAUUCGAUUGGAAUAAGCCUAAGCAAAAACAGAAGACCGACCAGUCGGAAGUAGAAAAUUGAUGUUUUUUGGUGGCUCAUACUGAUGGGUCCCGUUUUAUUUUUAUGUAAAACAGUUUUGUCAAUGAAGAUAUAACAACAUUAUAAGAAAUUCUGUGACUGGUAAUGCAUUUUCAAUUUUUUUUAAUGUUUCGAUAGUAGAUACAAUGCUAUUUUUAUAUCUGAUUUGUAAAGUUUAAUGUGUUAAUCGUUUAUAUAUACCUUUUAAACUGUAACUGUUCAAAUUAAACUUCCAACAUCUAAUAACUCUUAACUUUUGUAGUGUUUAAUUAAUAAUUACACAGGAAUAUGAAUUUUUCAUUCCAGUAUAUUUUACAGAGGUUAUAGUACUAUUAAUGUUUAUUAUUGAAAGUAGCCAACAUAUAUUUUAUAUAAUUUUCUCAGUCGUUGCUAUAAUCUCACGGAAAAAGGAAACACAAAUUUUUAAAAGGUGUAGUCACUUGUGCAAUGUUUGCAAGGAUCCGGAAGAAAAAAGUCUGGUCGUUAAUUUCUAAUAAACUGUACAUUUAAUGCCACAUUACAGAAGUUCUAAUCUUUUGUGUCUCUAUAAAAUUAAUAGACUAAAAAUACCCAAGCAAAAACAAAAAUUAAGGCCGGAUGGCCGAACGGUCAAGGCAACAACCUAUCGCUUUGCGUAACCCGGGCUCAAAUCCGGACGGAUCGAAUAAACUACAAAAACUUUUCGGAGUUUGAUCCAUUCGGAUAAUUUGGUUCCCCGUUCCUCACCACCCGGCCGCUAUAUUGUGGGCUUGGCCAAACCCAUAAUGGGCUUGCUAU